UCCAUUUUUCUUCGUACUCAAGUUGAAGUAGUAAAAAAUUUGACUGUGAAUUCUUUACAAAAAAUAUCUGGUGAAAACCGCAAGAUUUCGGCUAAUUUUUAUAUAAAUUUAUCACUUAGGCUGUGAUAAUCAAUAGUAACUAGUUUUUAAGUUAUGUGAAGUGUUAAUCGUGUUAAAAAAUCAAGUUUUCAUCGCCCUAAAAGUUACUCCGCGUUUUGAGCAUCAGCAAAGGAAGAAAACUUCUAUAAUGGGUCGUAAAAAGAAGAAGGCAUCGAAGCCCUGGUGCUGGUAUUGCAAUCGCGAGUUUGACGACGAGAAGAUUCUGGUGCAACAUCAAAAGGCAAAGCACUUUAAAUGCCACAUUUGUCAUAAAAAGCUGUACACCGGACCGGGUCUGUCGAUACAUUGCAUGCAGGUACACAAGGAGUCGAUCGAUAAAGUUCCGAAUUCGCUACCUAAUCGGUCCAACAUCGAGAUCGAAAUAUACGGCAUGGAAGGAAUUCCACCGGAGGACAUUCGGGAGCACGAGAAGCAGAAAAACGGUGGUGGUGGUGGCCGCUCUGACUCCGACGACGAUGAGCCCGCUGUGAAGAAAACGAAACCGGACGUUCCAGUUUCUCAAGGGUUGAUGAUGCAAAAUAUGAUGCCACCGCAUAUGCAGCCGUACGGUAUGAAUCCGAUGAUGGCGACAAUGGGACACAUGCCCUAUAUGGUUCCACCCGGUAUGCCCAUGAUGCCUCCUAUGCUCGGAGGUCAUCCCAGGCCACUAUUCCCAGCAGCGGCGUCGUCAACGACGAUGGCGGCAAACCCGGCGAUCAACAAGGCGACUUUCCCCGCUUACAGUAGUGCCACGAUCAGUGCACCACCAACAACUAACACGGCCAAUGCUGCCAGUGCGGCAUCUGGGGAUGCGUCCAAAUCUUCCACUGUGAUACCCGCUACGGGAACAACCUCCAAAAUCGUUCACCCGCCGGAGGAUCUCAGUUUGGAGGAAAUUCGGGCACGUAAACCGCAGUACCACAAAAAGAUUAGUCUCGCAACGCAGCAGUUGCUGCAGCAGAAACAACAAGAGAAACAACAGCAACAUGCAGCAGCAGCCGUCGCUGCAGCAACGGCAGCCGUGCAGCAACAGCAACAGCAGCAGGUACAAGCACAGCUCAAGGCCUACUCAUCUGCGGCUGCCGUGAGUGGGACGACAACAAUGGUAACCAGUCAUCCUGGGAAGGACAGCCGGCUGCUAUCUCCACACGAGCAAGCAGCUGUCAUAGCACACGCUCAGGCUGCCGCCGCAAACCACCACCAAAAGCAGCUCGAGGAACUGAAUCGGGCGGCGAUGAUUCAACGGUUUCAGGCAGCGAAUGCAGCAGCCGCUUCCGCUGCGGCGUCUAGACCUGGAGUACCACUUGGAAUGGUACCAGUGUCGCUGAAUCCUCAAAUGCAACUUAUGCCACCUAUGAUGCGGCAAGGCCUUACCAUUGGUCCACCUGGAGCAGCUUUAUUAGGCGGUAACAUGCUCCGCCCUGGUCCCCCUCAAAUGGGCCUUGGUCCAGGCGGGUUGAUAACGCAGAUUCCCGGCAUGCCAGCUAUGAGUAUGAUGUUUCCUGGGCCUCCGAUGCUUCCGAUGUUACCACCCCGCUUCCGGUGAUCAGUUGAGGGUCCAACAGCGCUGUUGCUACCAGCCAACGAUUCUUCCCUGCUCAGCCUAGCUCUGCCGAUUUUAUUUCCGUAGAAGUUGAGCAGGAUGUCAACUAAUCACACUGUGAACAGUUAUGUAUUCAGCAGGAGCAACAGAUGUGAAUGCAAAACGCAUCGAGGAGCAGCAGCGAUUCUUAUAUGAAAGCAAGUGGCAAUUUUUCUCUAUUUAUGCAAUUGUAUAUCUUAUCACUUACAUAGCGAUUAGCGAUAAAUAAUAUUUAUAAGGCCUUUCACAAAUGUCUCUGUAGAGCGUGCGGUGUUAUAAGUUUUGCUAGAAGUUCUAAUCUGAAAAUUAUAGGUAUAUGAUGAAAUGUUUGCUAAGAUAUCAGAUAUUUUCGAUAAGUGAGCUGGUUGCAAUAGAACAGGGAUAGCUUGUAACAAUUAACUUGUCUAUUAGUGUUAGGAUAACAAAGACGACACAGUCGAGGAAAUUUUCUUCGACGAUCGUAUUUUUUUUAUGAUGGGUUAGUAUGAUAGUAUCAUGGAACAGUGUAAUCUCGAAUUCCCACUGUCUCAACGCCAGCAUAAUUUCGAAAGCAAUUUCAGGAGAAUCCUUUUAAGUGGGCUAAAAUCAAAGAAGUUGGUCAUUUGUAUGCAGUCGUUUAGACAACGAUAAGUUUGAUAUGCGCUAAUGGUACUAAUUAUUGCAGCCCGUUGAAAAGUUUCUAACUUUUUCUAAAAUCGAUAUUUAUACCAAUCUCGAAAAUUAAGCUGACAGAAUUUAUAUUCUUAUUAUAAUUACGCCAUAGUUACUCCACGUAUUCACAAAGGCUGUUUUAACGCAUAUAUAUUCGACAGGUUCUUUGCUUCUGUUCCGGUUUCUAGGUUACGCUUUCGAUCAAUAGAAUCGAUGCUAUUAGCCUACACACUACACAAGUUAUGAGAUCCCGUUCUUCGUUCAAAGGGUAUGUCACUUGUAGCAUUUUUAUACAUUUUCUUAUACCGGUAGAAACCUUCGCGAUACUUUGCUUAGAACAGCCGCCAGUAAAAUAAGAUACUUUGAGGUUUUUUUAUUUAUGAAAACACGAAGAAAAAUAUGGCUCUUUUGAACACAAAUUGCUUAAACACAUGGCCAUAUGUCAGUGCAACCCAUACUUCUCUACGUGUGUUCAAGAAAAUUAGUUUGGUCGGCGACUUUAUAUUCAAAGGCUAAUUGACGAAAGUCAGAGUUUUUCGAUAGAGCAAUCAAAAAUCAUCCAAACUCACAUAAUUUUCUAGACUCACCAAAUAACCAGCGUUUCAAUCACACACAGUACUAACAGUUUUUUAGAAGUAAGCAACUAUCGAUAUAGCCCAACAAUAAUCGUAUUUAUCCUGUACGUUUCGUUUGAACAGAGUUUUCUCAUAAAACACGAAUAAUAUCGCUAACGAUACACCUCCGCCAAGCGCCCUUACAAAGUAGGUACACGUAUGAAUCACUAUGCGCUAUACAUAGCUAUACGAUUCGUUAGACGCAAGGUAAGGGGUUAAAUUUAAUCGUUUACAACGCCAGUAAAGACAAAUUUAAAGAUAGCAAGACCGAAAAAUCAUCGCACUCUUGUUUUCGAUGUUGUCCGCACGUAGGACAGACGAAGGAUGUGUCCCCUCUAGAUACCAGUCCCUGCAAGUAUGCGCAUAAUUUUCAUGUCAUUUUUACUUUUCAUUCUUUUCAUCAAUUGAUUUUGCGGAAACUGGCGUCUUUUCUAACGCCUUCUGUAUAGGUUUAUAAGAAAGGCGAAGAAAAAUGACGUAGAAUUUUCACAUGCUAACCUAAUUUUACGAAGGGAUGUAACUGAUCAAUUUUCUCCAUUCGAUGGUGAAGGCUUUCAUUGUGCGUGUGCGUGUUUUUCUUUAUACGUCUGCGAUCAUUAUUUGCUGGAUGAAACUUUUUUUAAAUAUGUACUGCCUAUACACUUUUUUCUUUUUUUUCCUACACUUUCUUGUAAUGUGUUUUUGUUCAUCAAUAUUUUUGCUAUGCUGUGUUGGAAAACUUUGUAUUUCGGAAAAUAAUUUACCUUCUUAGAAAAGACAUCAAUUUAGUUUUGCAAACGCAUCGCUUUUGUGGUGUAAAAAUAAUUGGUAGUAAGGCGAAAAAAACUACAUCGGGUUUUGUAUUCGUUUCAUCUUGUAGGCUCAUCUUUUAUGUUUUAAAUCAUAUUUUUAUUUCAUUUUGACAUUAUUGUACUGUUUAUGUUUAUCAAUCAAAAACGCAUAUUUUGAACGCGUAAGUACACACUUCUUUUCCAUACAUUUUUAUUGUUUGAUUUUUUAACAAACUCGAAUCAUCCAUAUCUAUCCAUGUUCAUCGCUGCAGGCAAGUAAAAAUUAUUGGUAGUAGAUAUUAUAGUUGUAAUCGUUUUUGAAAUCGUAUAGUACAAGUGGUUGGAUGACUACAAAUGUGCAAUGAAAGCAAUAUUCAAUUCUAAAUUUAAAUCGAUACUUGAAGUUGGCUCUGUCUCGAGUUUUCUAAAUUUUUCACAUUUAUUUCAUACCGAUUAUAGUUCCUAUCGAAUCAAAAUUCCUUCAUGAAAAUAGACCAAAUCAGGUUCAAGAGUUCAAAUAUUAUUGAUAAUUAUAGAUAUUGUUUUGAUGUUGUUUUGCCAAUGUUACAGUGAAAAUUGUAUUGGUCUUUUAAUCAAAUCUGCUAGCUCUAUUUCUACCUUAUCAAUUUAAAUGAUCUUUGAGUUUUUGAGUUGUCACCUGGGCCUGGUUGUAAUGCUUGCCUUUCAAAGUUUCUUAUUGACAAAAAAUCUGCGAUUUAGUCGCUAUUGAAACAUUCAGGAGUAUUUUUAAAGGAUUUACGUAAAUAGCAUUAGUUGCGGGAAUUUGCUUCCAAAAAAAAAUUAUGUUUCUUCCGCAACAUGGAGGCAUACGGUUGCAGUUAUAAUUUAUAAACUCACUAGAUGCCACUAGUUCAUCCAACCGCUUGGCCAGGUUCUAGCAAUAGUCAUGUUUUGGUAUGCCAUCAUCCUCCAGUUCUUAGAGUUGCCGAUAGUAACUCUUGUAAGACCCAAGACUCACUUCAACUACUUUUGCUUUGUUUCUUUAUUCUUCAAGAUUCUCAAGCGAACGUUCGCUCUCAAGCCCCUUAGAACCCGAAACCAAUUCUCAAGAUUAUGAAAUGCCGGACCUGAUCGAAGAACUGAUAAGUACCUCCAGAACUUUACCUCAUUUUAUUAUUUUCAUCAUUUAAUCCCAAUAAUAUGUGAACAUUUGCAACAAUCUUAUCCGAGCUCAGAAGCUAAACGAUCCCAGGCAGGUGAUGGCCGAUUGCUUCCUUUUUUGGGGGCUUUUCGGAAUCACAAAUUUGAUGUUGGAUAUUGGUUUAUCCCUUGUCGAAAGUAGUUCGUUGAAGACCGUUCUUCAUAGCUUCGGUCGAAUCUUCAACCAACUUUUAUCGACAGGCGACACAUCGACGGGAGAAGAGUUGAGGCAAUGGUUGCAAUCUCGCAGCUCGGUCAAUAAAAAUAUCCCAGCUUCAAGUCUUCCCCCGGAAAAACCUUGUGUCACAUCAAUUCUGUUGAGUGGGAAGUCCCUUGUUGGUUUUUCACACCUUAUGAGUUGAAUUGCAGGCGUGGUCCAACUAACAGGCGAAAUUUCGGUUAUCGAAAUAUCACAGCUUCAAGUUAGUAAUUAUUUCAGUGUAACGGAGAAGGUUUCUAUUUAUUUACAUUUAAACAAUUAUUCUAUGUACUUUAUUGCAUAUACAUGCUACAAUAGGCAUUAUAUUAAUCACAGAGGCUGUUGGACUUUUCACCCCCUGCCUGGGUACGUUAACGUCGUUGAACCGGUUUAUGCUACUACAAAUGUUUUACUCUACCUAGGUUUACAAACUGAACGAAGUAUGCUGCUUAACCUGAGGUUUUUUCCAACAACUAUGAACUUACUCACCUAUUCUGUGACAUAAAUUUCUAUGUGAUCACACUAGAAACACUCUUCGAAUUUAUGAUGAAAGUAAUAUUUUGGUUAGACGUUUUCUUUUCCUUUGUAGCAGAAUAAUUUAUCCUUCGUAAUAUCCAAGUUAUCGCAUCAUGUUCGCUAACUGUGGUUUAAUCGAUUAAACAAAACAAAACCUGUGCAUAAAUUUAACAUAUAAGUUCGAAGAAUCAUAAUCCAAUAAAUUUGCAGAACACGAGUUUUGAAUAGCAUAACCUAUCCACAGAAUGGUGAUAGCUUAGAAACUAAAUGCGAACGUGAUUUCAAAUUUGUAGAACAGUGUUAGUCACCUAUUCAUGCUUCAAUGUAUGAGAAAAUAGAUUUUUCGCACAUUUUCGAUAUAUUCAUGCUUUGGACAAUUAACGAAAGGUUUUGUAUGGAAAGAAUAACUCUAUCCGAGUAUCAUGCUCGGUUAAUAAAGUAGUAUCGAUUUUGUAUAUGGUUCAUCAAGCAUUUAUGCUACGAAAUGAUAGAUUCCCGUGGUUUACCUGUAUAUUCCUUUCCCAUACCCUAAGCAUCGAAUCCAAAUCUUUCGCUAACUCAUUCGCACCAAGUGUCAGUUUUCCCAGGCUGUGUAACGUGUAAAGUAUUUUCUCAUUUUAUCGCUUAUCCAUUGUGAAACUCACACCCAGUAAUUGCUCAUCAUUAACAGCAUAAAAUAAAUCAAUCUAUUUUCGGUAAGGGGUAGAACGUAGAGGCAUUCUUCGAAACUUUUUGGCUACAUUUCAUUACGACAGCAAUGAUUUGCAAUUACAAACCAACAGAAAAAAUAUUAAGUAUAACUAACUACCAGAAAAAUAAGUAGCUGUUAUGCAUACUCGUAAGAUUAAUUGAAGUUGUUGAUGAUUAAAAAUAAAAGUGAUCGCUGAACUAGUGAAAAUUUGCAGCAAAGAAUAAGCAAUGCCGUCGGUUCGUUUCAACGCUUCGGUUGAAUCGUGCACUUUUACCAUACAAUAGCAUAAAAAUAUUAAUAUAAUAAUCUUAUUUUGCUUGAAAAACGAACCCAUCUGUAGUGCAACUUUAUUGAACGCAAAAAGUCUUCGAGAUAAAAUAAAAAUCAAUAAAAUAUUAAAUAGUGGAAACAAA